AUGGGAAAUUAGUAAGUUUAAUAAAAUGGAAAGAAGAGAUCAGUAUCAUCACAUAAUAGCCAGCAAGCAGGAGGAGACUCAACUUAUAGGAAUAAGAGAUCAAAUUAAUCGGGUUUUGGAAAUCAUCUUGAUACUGUUGAUGAUCAGUAGAACUUUAAACGAUUGGAAAAUCAUAAGUAAAAUGCUGGUCUUAGUGGAACAGUCUCUACAAAUAUGUUGACUGAUGGCCCAAAGUGCAUAAAGGACAAGAGGAAAAUAGACAAAAUGAAAAUAGAACGAUUGCUAAAUGAAAAAGAUCUUAACUAUUAGCAUAGGACUAAAUUCACAAAGGAAUCAGCUGCGCAUUUCUGCUGUAAAAACGGGCAUGUUGAUGUACUGAAUCGCAUUCUUUACAAUGCCCCAGAGGUUAUGUCCUUGUAAGAUGACGAAGGCAAUUAUCUUAUUCACUCAUUAUGCUUUAAUUCUGUUAGUAAGAUUGACGAUUUGAAGCAAAUGAUUUUGAUAUUAAAGGAAAAUUGCUGUGUAGAUCUAUCUUCGGCCAAUGCUAAUGGGAAAAGACCAAUAGACAUCAUUCGAUAGAGAAUUAAAGACAGGAAUCCUUAUGAGUCUAACUUUGCUGAGAUUGUCAAGUUUGAACCUUACCUUAGAGAGGACUCUAACUUGCUAAACAGGCUUUGCGCAAAAUAAAAGUAAUAAAGCUCAAAGAAAGGAGGUAACUCAUAUGGGGAUGAAAACUAAUCAAGUCUAUCAAAAUAAUAAAGACAAAACUAUGGAGGAGGCAACUACUGA